AUUCAUUAGUCCGUCUCAGCCUUUGUUCGCAAUCAACGGGCUCCGCGCGAUUCUCUAGAGAACAAGAGACCAAGACGCGGUCUUAUACUACAAAAUUCAAAAUGUGGAAAGCCGUAUUUUUACUGUUAGCUUUGUGUCUUUGUAUACACGCUAAAGGCCAUGCGAAGAAGAAGCAGCAUAGUCAUAAAUCGCACAAAUCGCACGCUCAAUGGAUAGAUGAAACUCACGAUGAAAAAAGAGACGCCAUAGCUCAACCAGCAUAUUCGGGUUAUCAACAACAACAAUAUCCUGCAGCAACAAAAAACACGCUACCCGCUGCUGCUGCUACUAAUAACUAUAAUACAGCAGCUUACUCUGCUCCUUCAUCGAAUACAUACACUGCAUCUCAACGAGCAGCUGUGUCAUCAUCACCAGCAGCCCCAGCCCCGGCAGCACCUGCACCAGCUCCAGCGGCACCGGCUCCUGCACCUGCAGCACCAGCUCCUGCAGCACCAGCUCCUGCUCCAGCACCAGCUGUAUCUCCUGCACCGGCAGCAUCACCUGCACCUGUUGCAGCACCAUCACCAGCCCCCGCUGCUGCCUAUCAUUACCCUGCUCCUGCACAAGCACCAGCCCCAGCCCCAGCAGCACCAUCUCCAGCACCUGCACCAGCAGCAAGCAGCGCCAGGUCCGACUUCCCAUCACCUUAUUCCCAGAGCUCAUCAUAUUCCUCUUCCUUUUACGUCAAUCCCCCUGCACCGGCUCCUGCACCAGCUCCAUCUACAGCAUACUAUGCUGCUGCUCCUUCUCCUGCCCCAGCACCAGCACCAGCGUAUGCCACUACCACUCUCGCUGCUGCAGUUGCUAAAGCAGCUACAUCAACCGUGGCAUUCUCAGAUCUUCUCAAGGGAAAACCCCAAAAACAGACAAAAGGUGCCUGUUUGGAUGACACAAGAGCCAAUAACUUCUGUCUUAAGGCAAAUAACCCUUGUUUCUGCGAAGAGAACCAUCACUUUAUGUACAACUACUGCAAACGCUCUUGCUCGUGGUGCGACUCCUCUGUCAGCGUUGGUCACAGAUUCUGGCGCAUAGUGAACUAUGCCAUUCUCCCUCGCUCAUGGAUCGUCAAAGAGAUAGAGUUCUUCUCUGACAAACAUGCCAAGAAGCCAAUCAAAGUCAACCCAGCAAAGGCCUACGCCAGUACAAGCUACCCAGGAUACUUGGCCGGCAACGCUUUUGAUGGUGACGAGAAGACUUACUGGUUGCCUGAAGGAUGGUAUGAGCGCUUCCCUGGUAUGGAUUACAUUGGCAUCGAGUUCGAACAACCGGUUGUAGUUGAAGCUGUAAGAAUCAUGCACCAGAAUAAUGAGAAGAACGCCACUUCAACCAAGAUGUUAUUAGAGGCUUCUGAUUUCUAUGAAAAUAAUUAUUACAAGGUAUUCUCAAUGGACAACCCAAACAAAAAGGAAAACAAACGUUACACUACUGUAGACUGCCCAACCUACUGGCGCCGAAUGGAAGCUAAUGAUGAAGUCUACUGCCUCAAGACAACCGCUGAAUUCCUGUCAUGGCAACAGGCACGUGACAAAUGCGCCUCUUAUGGAGCUGAUCUGCUGAGUAUUGGCAGUCCUGGAGAAAACAUGUUCAUUAAUAACGAACUAAGACUUUGCGGAUUCACCUGGAUUGGGCUGAACGAUCGUAAGAACCAGAGCAACUUCGAAUGGAGUGACGGCACCUCAAUGACUUUCAAAUCCUGGGCUGGUGACGAGAGCUACUAUGAGCAGGAUGAGUACUUGAACUCAAAGCAGAACUGUGUGGCUGCAUCCAGGACCGGAGAAUGGAGACCAUUCCACUGUGAUAAUAAGUUCUACUCUGUCUGCAAGAUGAAAUUGAAAGCACCAGAGGAAGAAGAAGAAGAAGAUAUGGAGAAGAAGGGUCAUUAUCAUCAUGCUAGAGUCUCUAAAAAAUCACACAAAAUUAAAGCAAAACAAGAGGAUGAGGAUGAGGAAGAUGAUGAAGACGUUUCAGGAGUCGCAUCAGGAUCAGAUGAACAAAGUUCUGAAGAUGCUAUCAAAGAGAUCAAGAAUAACGUCAGGAAAGCAGUCAAAGCUACGUUCAAGAAACAGAAACAUGACAAAACACAAGAAGAGGAGGAAGACGAGGAUGAAGAUGAAGAUGACUCUGGCUCAACAUCAGAGCGAUCAGCCAGCACUGUUCCCGCCAAACCACACCGCAAGGAAGAAAUCGAGACAGUCGACGAUACCUUCUUUGAUCUAAAACACUAAAAUUAUCCCAGCCAAUCAAAAUGGACCUGACAUGACGUAGAUGACGUCAUAGGGUUGAUUUAUAAAACUCUGUUUGAUAUCGAUGGUUGUGAAAGGAGCUUUAGAAUGUUAAAUAUAAUAUUGUUACAAAUGACGUUUAACGACAAAAUACGAAAAGAUGCCAAAAAACUGGCUUUUCCUAGGACUAAAAAGCAUCGUUCUUUGUAAAAAAAUGGAUGGUUGUAAAGCUUGUGCAUCGUACUCAUGAUUUCUUUCAAACAAACUGAAAAUUAUUUUAGAUACUUUUAAAGCUCACCUUGAAGCAAAGGUAGCGAAUACCAGGCAAUAGGCAAGCAAACUAAACAUGAAAGGCAUCAUGGGUAUGACGUCACUAAUAAGUCCGCCUCGACAUGGAGACGAGUCAGAAAACAGACAAUAAGGAAGAAUUCAAUUUUUGUUACGUCGUAAACCUCGAUUUGAAAAAAAUUCUGUUUUGCGCAAAAUUCUAAUUCUGAGGUCGGUGCAGACCAUCAUUCAACAUGGCGGCCGCACGAAAAAAAAACGACCUCAUAAAUAAAAAUUCUUGGAAGAAGUUUUCACAGACGCAAUGAUCGACAGAUAAGUUCUCUCUCACUUUCUGUAUAUUUUUAAUUUCUUCACCGUUCAAGUUGCUUUUAAACAAGUUUUUUCUCUAAUAGGCGUAGUAUUCAAAGAAGUUAUUUUCUUCAGUGUUUUAGACUGUACCACAAAAUAGCCAACACUUGCUGAGCUGAGCAAUGGUAACAUACUUAAUUUUGGAAAAAUUUGUUUCGUGUUUAUUGAAAGACAAGCCAUGUAUUCUUUAUUGAAUUUAAUAAACUUUAUUGAAAAAUGG